CGCAACCAAACUUUACACAUAGAUGUCAAAUAGGCUAGUUGAAUAAAAACAAAAAUGAAAAAACCCUUUUCCCUUGUUUUACCCCGUCGGGCUCUUCACCAUUCCCCCAAACUUAAAAAAUUAGGGUUCAUCUUUGUUUUGAAAUCAAAAUAAGAUCUCGCUGCUUGGGCACUCAUGUAGGUCGUGACCCAUUACACAGACCUGAAUGUUCUUGUAGAGGUGAGAUGUGGGUUUGGGCAAAUCCAUAUUUUUGUUUAUGUUCUCUGUUAGCAACCUCUGCAUAUUCCAAGAACCGGUGACCACCUCCAGCUCGGCUCCCAACUCCUCCUCGUUGCCUCUUCCCCGACGACCGCCGCCAAAAUCACCUCCCCUUUGCCCCCCCCCCCAAAGCGGCUCUGUACCCAGAUCCUCCGUCGCCAGGUUCAGGGCUGGAGCUCCCCGCCGUGGCGGGAGAUCCAGCGGCAAUGAAUUCGAAGAGCGGAGUGAACGACUUCAGAUCCAGCGCUGUUGCUCUCGUGAAAGAUUGGGACUGCUGUUCCCCGCUCUGGUGACGUGGUCGAAGUGAAAUCUGGGCGCGGAGGCGACAUUGAGUUUGGGAUUCAUCUACCUCCACAGUUAUCUGUUAGACCUUGUUGUUGCAGUCUUCUCUAUUGGCGACUUGGUUAGAUUCAAGUUUUUUUUUUGUUUGAGAUUGAAGCUUGGUAUCACCAUAGUGACGACUGCAUGUAAGCCGUCGGAGUAAAAGGGAGGCGAUGGUUGGAGAUUGUGGUUGGAAUCGAAAUCUAGGCUUGGGGUAGGGUUAUUUGGGGGUGGAGGGGUCGAUCUGAGGAGGAUCGAUGGUUAUCGGGCGUGUUUCUUUCUGGGUUGGAUUUUUAGUCUCACCAUCCGUCGUGGUUUGAAAACAGAGAGAUUAAGGGAAGGGGAGAAGACGGAUUAAAGUUGAGAAAUGGAA